AUGACCACAGCGAAACCUUUUACCACCACUACUCAGGAAACACCGACAUCUUCUUCAUACAAUGAAGGAACAACCAUCUCAACAAAACCAGAAUUCGCAUCUCCAUCAAAUAGUCAGCAAACAACAACAUCAGUUAUCCAGGAUCAAACAACGUUGCCAACCAAGGAAUUACGAACUACCAAGUCACCUGAAAAGGACGGAACAACCGCACAACCUGGCGAGGACAAAGGAGAAGAAGAUAGUACAACCACGUCACUUAAAGAGGAUGGAACAACCGCCUCUUCUGAAAGAGCAGCCACGGCAUCCGGAGAUGAAGGAACAACCACAUCACUUGAAGAAGUCAGUGCAACCACGUCACCUGAAGAAGGGGUAACCACACAACCUGAAGAGGAACAAAUAACCACAUCAUCUCAAGAGGAAGGAACAACAACAUCAUCUAAAGAAGUCAGUGCGACCACAUCAUCUGAAGAGGAAGGAACAAUCACAUCACCUGAAGAAGAAGCAACCACAUCACCUAAAGAGGAAGGAACAACAACAUCAUCUGAAGAAGUCAAUGCAACCACACCAUCUGAAAAAGACAGUGCAACUACGUCAUCUGAGGAAGUCAGUGCAACAACAUCAUCAUCUGAAGAAGCAACAACGACAUCACCCGAAGAGGAAGGAACAACCACAUCAUCAUCUGAUGAAGCAACCACAUCACUUAGAGACGCCAGUGUAACAACAUCAUCAUUUGAAGAAGGAACAACCUCGUCAACUGAAGAGGAAGGAACAACCACAUCAUCAUCUGAUGAAGCAACCACAUCACUUAGAGACGUCAGUGUAACAACAUCAUCAUUUGAAGAAGGAACAACUUCGUCAACUGAAGAGGAAGGAACAACCACAUCAUCAUCUGAUGAAGCAACCACAUCACUUAGAGACGUCAGUGUAACAACAUCAUCAUUUGAAGAAGGAACAACCUCGUCAACUGAAGAGGAAGGAACAACCCAAUCACCUGAAGAGGUCAGUGAAACCACAUCACCUAAAGAGGAAGGAACAACCCAAUCACCUGGAGAAGAACAAUCAACCACAUCACCUGAAGAGGUCAGUGCAACUAAAUCGCCUGAGGAGGAAGGAACCACGUCACCUGGAGAAGAAGAAGCAACCACAUCACCUGAACUGGAGGAAGGAACAACCCCAUCACCUGGAGGAGAACGAUCAUCCACAUCACCUGAAGUGGAUGAAGGAGCGACCACAUCGCCGGAAGACGUCAGCGCAACCACAUCACCUGAAGAGGAAGGAACAACCCCAUCACCUGGAGAAGAACAAUCAACCACAUCACCUGAAGUGGAUGAAGGACCGACCACAUCCCCGGAAGAAGUCAGUGCAACCACAUCACCUGAAGAGGAAGGAACAGCCAUCUCACCUAGAAAGGAAGGUACAACUACCUCACCUGAAGAGGUAGGAAACACUUCAUCAGCCCCAACAUCUCCAGCUGUAGAGGUGAGCGUCUUAGAUUCUGAAAAAAACCCUUGCUUUAGAGCUCUUAACCAUUGUUACGAGUUUUGACUGUUGAAUUUAUUAAUUUACGCUACAACUAGUUGCAAAAGUACUUGAGACACUGUACUUUAUUUAGGCUGAAAUGGCCUGAUCAUGAUCUUGUACUUGUGAUCCCCCUCCACCCCUUAUCAAAGUUGCUAGCAAAAUAAGAUCAUGCUCAAAAUGUGGAGGAACAACUUUGAAUGGGAGGGAGAAAGGGAGGUCAGUAUUAUAUCUUAUAGACCUGUGACUAGCAGCGAUUUAAAGUAAGAAUGGUGGUUUUUUCGUCGGAAUGUCUCACCAUUUUUGCAACUGGUUGUAGCGUCAGAUAGUCAAGGAACGUUUCCGAUUUAAAUUAAAGGCUGUCGAGUAUAUAAAUUCCAUUAAUUUGAAACAGUGCUUGCUCAGAUAGUAUAAAAAAACCGUCUCGUGUUACAUUGUUGAUUUCGUUAUGCAGGCAGCCUUCCCGGAUACGCCCCGGAAUGUAAAGGCCAAGGCUCUCUCUGAAACAGAGAUUGAGGUAACCUGGGAUUCACCAAUCAGAAAGGGUCAUGGAUUGUAUUACGAAGUCAGAGUUGCCGAAGUAACGGAAGGUAUUUAUUCAUAAAAAUGACUUUUCGUUUGUUCUUUUCCACCCUUCGUGCUCUUUGCGUCAUAUCUCUCAAAAUUGCCAUUUGCCCUACUAUUUAUGCGUUAUCUAUGAUCAACAAAGGACUAGACUACGAGUAGUCUCUCUUUUUUCUUGUUCCGUCGAGCAAAACGCCCGAGACACGCAAAUGACCACGCGCGUGACCGACUCGUUUCUUGCGUCUCCCGGCUUCGCUGCUAAACGCUCUUGCGCUCGUGCACUCCCCUUACUAAAUCUGAAGAAAAAGAGAGACUGCUCGCAGUCUAACAAAGGACUAGCGGAUGUAACUUCACAUUUUAACACACUGUUGAAUAUCUCACCUCUAUGCCAUUUGAAAUUCUUUAUCAUAUAAAUACUCUUCAUAUGUCUUCCCUUUAGACGUGGGAGUUACGACUGAACGGUUGAUUCGAGUGAUUCGAAUGCCUGGAACCAAUCCCAGCUUCGUCAUUAGGUCUCUAAGCUCUGAGUCACAGUACAUAAUCAGUGUUUCUGCUGGAAAUGAUUACGGUCCCAGUGGCUGGUCAGACUUAAUUUAUAGCGAAACUCCAAAAGCUAUCAAGGCUAGAACUGAAACAGCGGAUUGCUCUGAAAAGAAUGAUACAACUAACGGAGGUAAAUGCUUUAAAAGUAAACCAAUGAUUGAGUGUGAAUAGGAGAAUGAACAAAGAAAUGAAUGAACGAACGAAUGAAUGAAUGAAUGAAUAUUCUGAACGAAUGGAGGCGUGAAUAAGAUCUUCGAACGUUUAGGUCUCAAUCUAAGGAAACGUGUGUGUGCCUUUAGAUAAGCUUAAAACCAGAAUGUAUCCAAAAUUUCUUAAUUAAAAUAAAAUGUGGACUGAUGGACGGAUGAAUGUGGACUGGACUGUUGUGUAGACCGGAAUAAAUUGAAAAAUAGAGGAGCUGAUUAAAUACAGCUACUUUUUCGAUCAACCGGUUAAGUUUAUACGGUGUCUUAAAGUGUGUAAAUUGUCUAUACUUUUAAACAGGGGAAAUGCCAUCUUGUGUGAAUGUUGAGAAAGAUGAUAAAAUCUACACGGUAAACGGGAGUUAUGGCCGCUGGCCUGACGACGGGUUUUGCCGCACCCUGGUGGAUUCUGCGGACGUAUCAGCGCUUGACCAAAUUGACGCUUACAAGAUCUCCGCUGACCUAUACGUGCCUGAAGUUAAAGGUUUCUUUAAUGAUGUUUAUCUUGGUGUUUUGUUCAACGCUAAGGAUGAGAACAAUUUCGAUUUUGUCUCAUUCAGGUAAAAGACUUAUGAUAGAAUAACGUUGAGGUUCUUAUUCUUCAUUUGUUUUGUGUCCCGUUCAGUUGUCUCCCUCGCAGCCGUUUUUGUCUCGUCACGCAACUCUCCUUCCCAACAAAUUAACUAAGGAGCGUUACGUGACGAAACAAAAACGGCUGCGAGACUAGGGAGACUAACAGUUCAGCAGCUACCGAUUUGUUAUUUUUGUUAUUCGAAGCUCUUUCAUUGGCCGAAUAAUCUUGCGCCGUUUUUUAGCCGAUCAGAAGAGACUCCACCUCUAAGCAUGAAAUUGCAGGAGCAGGAUAUGAUGCUCUUAGUUGAACUAAAUGUGAUUGGCUCCUUUGAACCUCUGCACAUUUUGAUUGGGCAGAUUGGAGCUUUUUCACAUGACGUUACGGUGGCCAUUUUGGUGUCCAAAAACAAUAAAACGGUGGCCAUGUUAGGUUUUGGAAACAAAUCCUGUGGGAGUUGAACUCUUUCUUAUUUGAAUGCUGUCUUUUGUUCAAAUACAUUUACAUAGAUGUUGGCCACGUGUAUGAAAACGCUCUAUAGUCAACUUUAUUUUACUGUUACAAAAUUCGUUGGAAAACUUCUCCAAUGGCUCAUAGAUUAAAACAUGUUGAACAUGGAAAAGAUCACAACGGUACCUCCUUGGGAAACUUCGAAAUAAACAGGCUGCCCAGAAGAUUUCAGUAGCGCGUAGCAGAUAGUGGAGGAGUAGAGCAAUAAAAAAUAUGCCUAGAGAAGAUCAAGGAAAGGCAUGGAAGAGCUUUCAUUAAUUUGAGUAUAGGCUUUUUUGUACUCAAGUAAUAAAUUAGAAAUUUCAGUGUUCUUCAAGCAAGUAAAGAAGUGAAAAGAAGUAGAAAUAUCAUCAAUUCGCCACUUGCACAUCUCCCAUAAUGUACCUUAUUUGCCCCCAAAACUUUUGCAUAACCUUUGUUUUUCAUUUCUCCUGGGUAUUGCAGCCGUCCCAACAGAAAUUGAAAAGAAUGCUUAUCCAAAAUCUUGGGGGGGCAAAUAAGGUGCAUUAUGGGAGAUGUUCAAGUGGCGAAUAUAGACUAAUGACGCAGGACAGUUAGCGCCUGUAAAUUUAUUUCACCUUUAAUGAACUGGUGCAUAAUUUUCAGGCGUACGCGAUCGCUUGUUCCCUUUGCUUAUGAAAUAACUGAUUUAUAUCAUUGUUUUUAAAAUCUAAUCAGGUUUGGUUCAAGGGACAACUCGUGCUUUCAAACGGGCACAGCACGAAAUGGUCAGGUAAACUGGUUUGGAUCCCAAUCAGGUUCAUGUCCUUUUGGUCCUCCCGCUAAAGAACGAUGGACGCGUACCGCUCUUGAAAUUCGAGACUCCGAAAUCACUGUCUUUCUCGACGAUACGUAUAUAACUUCUUUUAAAGCUCAUCUUCCUCCAAAGGCUGCUGGUGGUGUGGCAGUUGCCAAUAACCAUGGCAACGUGAUACGAUUCAAGGACUUCAGCAUCACUGAUUUGCCACUACUGCCAUUUACUGACAAGAGUUGCGCUUCGUUGCAAGAUCAUAAGGAGUAUUACUCAGUUAUUAGCCAGAGUGAUCAUUGGUUCCAAGGUUUUUGCCGCGUUCGAGCUAAAGACUCUAUUGGUCAAGACAGUCUUAAGGAGAAUGAGACUAGUUACCAGAUUUCGGUGGAUUUAUUUAGCGAGGUGGACUGGAGUGGAGAUAGAAUUGCUUACGUGGGAAUUAUAUUCAACGCACGUGACAUUAAUAACGCAGACUUCAUUUAUUUCAGGUAAUAAAUAUUAUACUUAGCCACUUAAGCUCCAGAAAGCAAUCGUCAAGAAUGUUAGACUCCUCAAACCUCACUUAGGACGUGCCACCCACGUUGAACUCAAUUUCAUGCCUUGGCUCGCUUCAUGCUUCCUCAUUUAUAACACCUAUACGUUAGGAUCAAAAGAACCACCUUGUACAUCACAAUAAACAGCAUCACAGGAAAGUACUGCUCAGUAAAUUUCAUUUGAAUGGUCGCACUAUAGGAUUUCUUUCACAGACUCAAAAUUUAGAGUCACACUUUAGGAUUUCAUCCACUGACUCCUCAAACCCCACUUAGGACGUGCCACCCAUGUUGAACUCAUUUUCAUGCCUUGGCUCGCGUCAUGCUUUCUCAGUUAUAACACCUACACGUUAGGAUCAAAAGAAUCACCUUGUACAGCAUAAUAAACAGUACCACAGGAAAGUACCACUCAGUAGCUUUCAUUUGAAAGGGCCUAAUAAAGGAUUUCAUCCUGAGACUCGAAAGUUUGAGCCACCAUGUACAACGUAAUAAACAAUACCACAGGAAAGUACUGCUCAGUAGCUUUCAUUUGAAUGGUCACACUUUAGGAUUUCAUCCAUGGACUCAAAAGUUUGAACCACUAUGUACAGCUUAAUAAACAGUACCACAGGAAAGUACUGCUCAGUAGCUUUCAUUUGAAUGGUCACAAUUUAGGAUUUCAUCCACAGACUCAAAAGUUUAAACCACCAUGUACAGCUUAAUAAAUAGUACCACGAGAAAGUAUUGCUCAGAAGCUUUAAUUGGUUACACUUAGGGGGUUUCGUCCACGGCUUCCAUAUCGCCCACAUUACAAAGCUGUUUGAUAAGCUAACGACGCAUAAGACGCUUAGUUAAAAAAUCAGCGAUUUUAUUUUAUUAUUUUUUUUUUUUUUCACACUAAUGAGAUAUUUUACUUUUUAGGCCUUUCUGGAAAGACCACUGUUACCAGACAGGAUACCUCUUAGCGGGGUAUCAGAUGCGUGAGGGUUCUAAAACAGGACCCUGCUCAUGCGCUGUAAAAGGAGGAAAAUGGUUCAACGUUCGUUUGGAGAUUCGCGGCAACAUGGUCACUGUCAUCAUGAAUGACAUACCCACAACGACAUUUAAGUCGCAUUACUCUGCGAUCAAUAAGGGCAGCGGUGUUCUUGUUACUGGCGGCCGUCGGAUGGCCAUCCGUUUCAGGAAUUUGUUUACCUGGAGACUUCCACAACUUCCGUUCGUCUCUAAGCAUUGUCAAAGCACUAGAGUUAAUGAGAUGCUUAGCGGAGAUGUUUUCACAUUGAUGGCGCACAGUGGGGUGGAAGACCCCGAACACUCUAGUAUUUGUCGAGCCCUGUUUCCUAAGGUUAUUGCUGCUGACAGCUACGUCGUAAGCGUUAAAAUCCAAGCUAAGGGAAGUCUGAUGGGAGGAAAGUAUGGAGUCAUAUUCAAUGUUAAAAACGCUGACAGCUUCGAUUUCGUGUCUUUCAGGUAGGUCAGCCGGAAUCAAACAAGAGCAAAAAGGGUGCCGAAAGCUGGUUAGAAUAUUCCAGCCUUAAUUCACUGAUUUUGUUCCUUAAGCUGUGCUAAUGGAGCUGAUAAGGCUUUUUUUACCGGCUCAAUCGAUAUCCACUGGAGAGCACAACUGGUUUCCUUUAUACCUAUCCACUGCAUAGUGAUUUUUCUAGUGGAUAGCGCUAACCAACUUUUGAACAACUGGGGCCAGCCCCUCGCGGGAUUGUUGUUUUAAAUACUAUCAUCGAAGUUAUCAUCAUUAACUGUAUCAUUCACCUAUCAGUAACCUCUAUGCAGACGCUAGGGAGGGGAUAACAAAAGGUGGAGUUAAACCUACUGCUACGGACAUUAAAGUUUUUUCUUGGCGUUGAAAAGAGAGUUGAAUUUGAAAUCCUUCCGCAGAGGAGGUGCCCUGGACUUUUGCUCUCCAAAAGCAACAAACGGUUAUUUAACAAUUGUUCCUGGAGAAUAACUAGAGGCCAACUAGUUGAACAAAAAUAUGGAGAAUAAAACAAUUUUAGCUUGUUAAAGCUAGACUUUAAUCCUUUUUUGCCGCCAAAAAGCCGGCGCUUUUCGCUACUAGGGGGCUAUAACAUAUAGCCUAGUAGUAGCUCAACCAAUCAGAAUGCAGCAUUGAUAAUAGACCACUAGCUGGAUUUUACUAAUGGCCUUUAUUUUUCAUCCAAAUAACCCCACAACUUUUUGUACUAAAAAGAUGAUACCAUUCUCUCAGUAGUGGCCAGUUACAACUUUUGUUUCUUUUCCAGGCCUUACCAUCGAAGCAGUUGCGUGGAGGCUGGACACGUUAAAGUCAACAACGUAAAAGAAUAUUAUACGAUUAAAUCCUUAUCAUGCUCAUAUGGAAUUCUUAAGAGCGGAAGAUGGUACGAUGUUCGCGUGAAAGUAAGUGGAAGUGACGUCAAAGUUCUUGUCAAUGACGUUGAAGUUGCUGGCUUCACAAGUUAUUCUGAAGUCAAUGGGCGCGGAGGAGUCAUGGUGGCCAGCGGUUUUAAGAGGAAAAUAAGCUUUAAAAAUUUUCGUGUUUAUAAUUAG